AUGACUGUGAUGCAAUACUGCACCCAUCUCAAGAGCUUCGCCGACCAACUUCGCGACCUCGGCCAGCCGGUUAAGGAUUCCCAUCAGGUCUUUCACCUCCUCCACGGUCUCAACCGCCAGUAUCACUCUGUGAUCCCCCACAUCACCUCCCAGGACACGCUGCCGUCCUUCCUUCAGGUGCGCUCGUUUCUCCUCUUGGAGGAACAUCGCGCCGAACAAACUGCUCGCCUGCAGUCCGCCCAUGCUCUCUCGGCUGACCGCGGUCCCUGGACGCCGCCGGCCCCAACACCGGCCCCGGUCCAGCCUCCUCUCGGCAACGACAACACCGCGCGUGGGCGCGGGCGUGGCCGCCGCCGCGGUCGUGGCAACGGUGGCGCGCUUGCUUCACCCGCUCCCCCGGCGCCCCGCGCGCCGGUCUGCCCCACCCCCGCACCGGGCGCCAACUCCUGGACAGGCCUCGUCCAGGCCUGGCCGAUGUAG